AACCCCAAAGUGCUAGCAAGCAAAAACUCAAUUGUGUUAAAUUUUCUGAAAUAACUUGUGUUGUUUCAGAAAUCAGGAAAAUUAACAUGGGUAAUAGCUUGGGAAGGAAGAGGACGACCAAGGUGAUGAAGAUAAACGGGGAGACGUUCAAGCUUAAAACGCCGGUGAGAGCAGAGGAGGUGGUGAAGGACUAUCCAGGGCAUGUUUUAUUGGAGUCUGAGGCCGUUAAGCACUUUGGCAUUCGAGCGAAGCCAUUGCAGCCGCACCAGAACUUGGAGCCAAAGAGGCUUUACUUCUUGGUGGAGUUACCGGAGGUUCCCAAAGAGAGAGUUCCGAGGAGGGUUCGCUCGGAGAUAAAUAUGAGUGCUAAAGACAGGCUGGAGGGCUUGAUGUUGGCUAGGAGGUCGGUGUCGGAUCUCACAAUUAUGAAACAGGUGAGUGCAGCGUCAACCGAGGAGAAAUCAGCGGAGGGUGCAAUGAGGGUGAAGAUGAGGCUACCCAAGGCAGAGGUGCAGAGGUUGGUGAAAGAGAGCAGCAACGAGGCAGAGGCAGCGGAGAAGAUUGUGGAUCUUUACAUGGCAAACGGCGGCCGCAGCAGUACACCUCAAGCUCCGCAUUGGAAUGGUGGCCAAGGAAGAGUUCGGGGAAGUCCCAAGACUGGCACGUUUGACUCUAAUUGGAGCAAAACCCUAAAGUUACUACCCGUCUUCUAGUUGUUACAACGUUUCGUUUUUUCUGCCGAAGUAGUUAGCACGUUUUUUUUCUUUUUCUUAUUUUGGCUGCGAAGACCCUGGCAAAUAUUAUAUGUUGUUGCUUUUCUUUUUGUAUUUGUUUUUCUUUUUCGAAUAGAGUUCACAUUUCAUU